AUGACAGCCAAGCCACUACCGCCCGCUCCGUCCACUGUUGGAUCGUAUUCGAGUGUUUCAGCAAUGUUCACGAGGAUGAGGGACGACGAUGAGGCCAAGAAAUUGCACUGCACACGAUGA